AGACGAAUCGAGAGAGCGACAGAAGCUCCGCAUUCGGCGAGUCAGCAUCCAGACGUCAGCAUCCGAAGAGGACCGAGAUGACUUUGGACGGCGCGUCGGACGCGGCUGUUAGGAACCCACCCAUCAGGAAACAACCCACCGGGAGCCAGGCGCCCAUCUUUCCCCGGAGCCCGGGGUAUCGGGAAGCUCUGUCGCCCCGGAGCAGCGUCAACUCCACGCCGGGCAUCCUGUUGACCGUGGAUGCCCCCGACCCCCUGGCCUCGUGCGAAGAAGUGGCCGUGCACGCCUCGGGCCUGCAGAGGACCCCCAGUCACGGUAGGAUGCGAAGAAACGCCAGCAACGGAAGACUGGGAGCCAGUCACGGUUACUGCGGAGGCAACGUGGGUCGGUCGCAGUCCAUGAGGACGGCCAAGAGGCCCCAGUCGCUCGACCCCACUCACCGCUUCAGGCAGAGAAUCGCCAGUAUACCCAACGACCUGAUCAUGCCCGGAGAAGGCGGGGGGGCCGAGAGAAUAGCCUCCAAUCAUUCGCUUCCGCUUCCGGGGGACGAGUCCGAGAUCCUGCGUCUGCGAAACUUCUGCGUCACGUCCAAAGGUGUCGUCAACCGGGGCGAUUCCUUUCGCUCCAAGUCGCGUUCCAACCACAGCUUGGCCUCCAACGGCAGCAACGGUGCUUCCAGAUCUCAGCAGUGCCCGGCGGUGGUCACCUCCGAGCCCCUCCCCAGAAAGGACCCUGCCGUGGGGGCUCGGCCAGAGAUCGUACCCGCCGAAGAACCGGCAGAGGAGUGCGCUCAGGCUUCGGCCCCCGAACCCGUCAAGUACCGAGUUCUGGUGGUGGGGGGCCCCGACGUGGGAAAGUCUUCCCUGGUAGAGCAGUUCACCACUUCCGAGUACAUCUGCGCCUACGACAGUUCUCUAGACGAAGAAAACGAGAAGUCGAUAACUGUCGUUUUAAACGGGGAAGAAUCAGAAUUAGCCUUUAUAGAACAUUCGGUUAUAGGAGAACCGCCUCAAAACUUCGUAGAAAUGUAUAAUCCAGAUGCUUACGUGUUAAUAUAUUCGGUGGUCAGCAAGAGAAGUUUCCAAAAAUCGAAGGAAAUCCUGGGAUUACUGGAAAAGUGGGACAAUGUGGACAACAAAGCGGUCAUCCUGGUGGGAAACAAAACCGAUCUGGUCAGGUUGAGAGUUAUUUCUACCGACGACGGAAGAGCUCUGGCGACGUCGGCGGGGACCAAAUUUAUUGAGACGUCAUCGGGCAUCAAUCAUCACGUGGACGAAUUACUGGCGGGAAUUUUGAGUCAAAUUCGAUUGAAAACGGAACACAUAGAGAAGAUGAAGAAGAAGAGAGAAUCGGUCAGCGCGGGAAAGGCCAGGGGUCGAUGCACGGGAUUCGCGGGAUGCAAAGCUAAAGGAAUCAUCAAGAGAAUCUUAAAAAAGGCCUGCACCAGGUCAAAAUCUUGCGACAACCUCCACGUUUUGUAGAAAUCCUCGCGGCAACUGGGAACCGACGCCAGAGUUACCAAACUUAUAUCUGUGGUGUGCCUUUUGCAUUUCGGCAAAACAAAAUAGCGAAGUCGAAAAUACAUAAAUAUUACUCUACUCCUUUAUAUAAAUAUAUAAUUAUUACUACGACUUUACCGUGGAAAACCAUCUCUUCGUUGUUGUGGCAACGUGCAACAGCGUGACGCGUGACGAGUUUCCAUGCAGUCUACGCGCAUCGAUCGACGUCGACGACGCGUUACCUAAACACUUUGAUCGACAUUACAUUUAGAGUAGAAAACAAUUCGAAAGACCAAAUUUUAGAAGAAAUUUGAAUAGAAAAAACAUUCAAUUUUCGUAAACCGGGAAAGAGAAGAGAGGAAGAUAGACUUUGUUACAGUUUCUAGACAUUUUUAGUUAAAUUUUCAUAACUAAAACAAAAUAAUAAGGAAGGAAACAACGAAAACAAUUAUCGCCUAGACGUAUGUUAGAGAGAAUUUUUACGAAAAAUGAAAAAGAAAAAAACAAUUUUGUAACAUUUGGAAAAAAAUUUAUAACUUUGAUAUAGCACUGCGACCCGCACUUUAGAUAUUUCGGCUUUAGGAAAACAAAGAAUAUAGAAAAUUUGUAAAUGUUUAGCGCAGUUUUGAAUAGAAACACGAUCGCUUCUCCUAACAAUCGUUUACCCAAUUUCUGUUUGGUAGAGAUUAAGUGGACGGAAGUAGCGACUUAAUCGCGUGUCUCCAUUAGAUAAAACACUAAUCCGAUUGGGUCCGGUUCCAUUUACCUUACUUUAUCUUCUUUAAUUAUUAAUGCCGCGAGUACAAAUGCAACCGUUUUUUAUUUCUGUACUUUUAACUAAUUAGAAAUAUCCCCGGUCGCGAGGCGCAGCAACCGGAACACCCGCACUUCGGUUUCUAUAAAUAGAAACCGCGUGCGUUAAAAUAACACUUCACCCAAUCCGACGAAAGACAAAAAGCGGAAGUGUAACAACGACAUAUUUACACAUUUAUAGAUUUGUAAUAUAUGCAUCCUCCGACGUUAUUAAUUCUUUUUUUAUUAACUAAAAAUUUAUCAUUUGCGUUCAUUUUUCCCUCUUUUUUCCUCUCUCUCUUCUUUUUCGAACGAUCUUCCUCUUUCAGAAGCAACAGAAGGAUGGUCGGUUCAACGACCGUUGCCUAGCAACCGCCCAGGACUCCUCUCUGACGUCGCAUCGACCACGAAGGAAGUUGCUAAUGUCCCAUUUGUACAUAGCGCAUUGUAUUAUAUUACGAUACUCGAUCGUCACGUGUCUUUUUUCUUCUUCUACUUUGUUUUUUGUUCAUUUGUACGGGAACGUCCGUAUGUUAAUCGGUUUAGUAUGCUACACGUUUUUCCGUAGGGGGGACGGCCAGAGAUUACGUUAAAUAUUAAUUAAAAUGACUAUUGAAUGUUGUACUCGUACCGCUAAAAAGAAAAAGUCAUUUUUUUCGAAUUUUUCCUCGUUAUAUCGAUCGUAUGUUGUAUUAUGUUUAUCAAAAAUAUUAUGAUAAUAAACCAUGUUUUUUUAUAGAAUAUUUUUUACUUCUCGUUAAUUCUGCCUC